AUGGAAGCGAAAAUGGAGCCAAACAACACAGAUCUUAUGAACCCACUUUCUCAAAAUUGGGUGCCAGUAUCAACAAUCACACGACAAAAUAGUGAUGGUGACCGUGAUAUCGAUGAUAGGAAGAACAAUUAUGGUUGUGAUAAAAUUGGUGAAACUGACCGACAAUGA